AUGCCCGAGAUACGGGAUCAGACAGUCCCCCCGGACUUCCAGCUCCCGUCUCUCGACGCUUACGAUGGCUCCACCGACCCGGCGGACCAUGUGGCUGCUUUUCACGCCCAGAUGGCGCUAUGCGGAACCUCUGAUGCCUUGAUGUGCAGAGCGUUCCCUACCACUCUGAGAGGGCCGGCCCACGUGUGGUACGACGCCUUAAAGACCGGAACGAUCACUUUCUUCAACCAACUCGUCAAGGACUUCGAGCUCCACUUCGUGGCCUAUGCACGGCCGAAGCCUUCUGCGGCACUACUCCUCGGACUCAAACAAAGGGAGGACAAGCCCCUCUCCCAUUUUGUGGAUUGUUUGACCAUGCAAAUCCGGGGCCUGCCGGACACUCACCCCUCUCUGUUAGUGCAGGCGUUUAUGAUAGGCCUACGACCUUCUAGAUUCCUCUAG